AUGACGACCAGUGAUGAGAUGGGAUCUUUCUGUCACGACCACAUCCAACAUCCCUUGAUGUGGUGUGAUGAGAAGAAGCGUCUCGUUGAACGUAAGAAUGCUGAGGAAAGCUUGCGUAUGUGGCGACGUCGCAAAGCUGAAGAAUGUGCUCGCAAGGAGAAGGAUAAACAAGAGUACUAUGAUAUGUUUCUACAGCAUUGCCCCUGGGGCAAGCCCGGCGGUGGAGCACCCAAUGUGGAGGUACGACGAAAGGACAUUACCGCAGUUGGACUGCACUCGACACCAACUGUUACUGCAGCUCAUCGUAUAAAUUCCUUACAACCUUGCCGCUACAAUGAUUAUUUUACCAUGCAGAAAAAGUGUCACAAAAAUCCCAUAGCCGCCUACCAUCAUCAUCGUCACCAUCAUCCUGGUCCACCUCCACCUGGAAUAGCUGGUGGCCGCUUGCCACACACACAUUCUAUACACCAUCUGCAAGAAAGUGGCCCUCGAAGUAGUACUGUCACUAUUUGUGAGAGAGAACAUCCCCAUAAAGUCGUCAACGUCGCCCAGAAUGCCAAUGGCCACGUGGAUAUUGAACUGCGCUAUAAGCCUUCUCCGACUUGCAAGGGACAAGUUAUGCUCAAUAAGGUAGUCGACAAUAGCGAGAAUGAGCACUUACAUCUACAGGAGAAAUUAGCCAACCAAAAAAAGAAACUGCAAGCGAAGUUGGAAAAGCCGACGUGUAAGGACCCGUGGGGAAAGGCAGGUCCAGGUGGUAAGCCAUGGCGCAGUCCAAAAGAAGUCGGGUAUACGUUUAUGAAGUCGCUUGGCUGGACGAAUAAGGAAAUGCUGAAAGAGUUAGAUCAGGAUAAUCCGGUGACUCCCGCAGAGAAAAACACAUUUCGCAAAUCGAAAGGAUGCAAGCCUGCCAAGCCACAGCGCUGCUGCGACAUCUGCACUUGCACCUGCGCAUCGUUAGCUUCAUCCAGUCCAAUAAAACCAUCCAGAAAGAUCCUUGUGGCUGCGGGGGCAGAGCGACCCUCCCCUAACUGUAGUCUUGGAUCACCGCCCAAAGAAUGUAAACCUAUUAAGUCGUGUCCUCGACCACCACGUGGCCAUUGUACUGGCAACACUGGGAACUGCACUGCCACUCCAGACGCCGGCACAUUUAAUAACGGACGAGGAGGAGAUGGUGGAGGUGUAGAGUUGGUGCCUUUGCUGGCACGUCGCCGUGGCUUACACCGUCCCAUCAGCCUGUCCAGCACGGAUGUGACAAAGAGGACGCCCUCGCAUGAUAGGUACGCACCACAUAAGCACAAGACAAUGUCAAUGCCCAGCAAAGAGCCGAAUAUCAACAUCAUUAAAAAAAUUAGUCAAAUGAAGAAGCGGCUUCCUAAGAAUUUGAAUUGCAAGUUCCAAUGCUGCAGUUGCGACUGCGUCACAUCCACCGCUGCGCCGCCCACUUGCUGCCUCAAAAGGCUCACACUGCACAUCCGCUAAUCC